ACUAAAACAUUCCUAGAAGGCAGAAAUAUUUAGAAAUAAAACUUUGGAGUUUAGGAACAUUAUUCUUUUGACUGCUAUUCACAUUGUUUUGUGAAAAUACUUAGGUUCCAAAAGAGUGGAAUGUGUACCACUGAUGCCACAAUGAGAGAAUGGGAGCGUUGGUGUCGUCUCUGCGCGAAACAUGAUGGUUGUUACUUAGAUAUAUUUCUGGAGCAAUCCCCACAGGCUCUUGAUUCGGAUGCAAAUCUUCAUUCGAUUAUAGAGGAAUUCUUCCAUAUUAAGAUAAAGCCUAGAGAUGGACUCCCAAUAUCACUGUGUACUGAAUGUUGUUCUGCAAUAGCAUCUUUGGAAAAAUAUGCGGAACAUAUAAAGAAAGUUCAAAAAAUGUACAAAGAUUUAAAAAACACAGCAGAGUUCGCCGAUAUAAACCUCAAAGAUUUAUAUCAAAAAUACGGUUUAUUUAAAUGUGAAUCAAAUCUGCCCCAGUCAACAACAUCUGCAAUCGAACAAAUAUUUGUUCCUGUAAACCCAAAUACAGUCGUUAAAGUUGAAGAAAUGGAAAUAACGGAAUCAAAGGAAGUAAAACACGAAACUGAAAUCGAUGUGGAUUUCCACGAUCCUUUCGCAAACGAUAACCAGAAUUUUGAGGAGAGCACUCAUAUAAGUGAAGAUAGUGAAAGUAGUAACAAUAAAACUGACCCUGACUCUGACUCUGACGAACUUUCAGAACAAAAAUUGGGAUAUAAUAAAAAUGUUAACGAAGACAAAGAGGGAGGCAGUUAUUCUUGUAAUAUCUGUCAACUGAGUUUUAUGCAAAGCAGAAAGUAUAUGUAUCACAUGAAAAGUAAGCACGGCACAGAAAAUCCUUUCUGGAAUUGCUCUCACUGUAGUAGUUCUUUCAAAUAUAAAAAGGAGCUGGAACGUCAUACAAGGAAAAUUCACGCACCGAGUGUUUAUCCGUGUCCACAUUGUGAUCGAAAAUUUAAAAGAGCCAAAGAUGCUGAAAAUCACAUUAAAGCUGAGCACGAAGGUGCAUAUUCCCUAGUUUGUGAAGAAUGCGGUGAAAGUGUGCGUACAAAACAGAAACUUUUCGAACAUAUGGCCGUACACACAGGCCGUGGGGCCUAUGAAUGCGAAGAGUGCGGUAGACAUUUUUUACGAAAACAAUCCCUAAAGAGGCACUUAGAAAUCCAUGGAGAUAAACAUACUUGUGGAGAAUGCCUUUUAGAGUUCAGUACAUCCAAAGCCUUAAAGAAUCAUACGAAAGUGCAUUCCGAUGAAAUGCCAUACAAAUGCAAUUAUUGUGGUCGUAGAUUUAAGCGUACAAAAAAUUUGAAGAAUCAUCUUAUUACGCAUACUGGUCUCAAACCCUAUUCGUGUGACUUCUGUGAUAAAACAUUUUCGACUGGAUCAAGUUGCCGUUAUCACAAAAAACAUUUACAUCCAAAGGAACUGGCCGAACAAGAAGCAGCGGGCGUAAAAUCCUAUACAAAAAAUAUACCCACAUUGAAUGUGUUAAAAGCGAUAACGCAAGUUGCUGGAAAAAUUGAAAAUGAUGAUGGUUACAUAGGCGAUAAGAGAAUCAAAGUUCCAAAACUAGAUGCUGAGUUACCUGAUGAUUUGUCUACGAUGUCGGAUGAGAAGAUAGAAGCAUAUAUGAUGUCAGUUGAUGAGCAACUCAACGAUGAUGGCUUCGAUAGUGACGACGAUAUUUCUGAACCUGACUUUCAACCUGAUGAUUUCAUUGAGGAGAGUACCGAUAGGGCAAUAUUGGAGUGCUUAGAUGAAAUGGAGGAAGCUAACACAAGUUCUGCAUUUUUGAAUGUUUUGGAUUUGUCUUUGAAUGUCAGCUCUGUUGAACAAGAUAACGGAGUUUGGGAACAUUAUUGUUAUAACUGCUAUUCACAUUGUUUUGUGGAAAUAAUUAGGUUGCCAAAGGGUGUAAUGUGUACCACAAUGUAUGCCACAAUGAGAGAAUGGGAGCGUUGGUGUCGUCUCUGCGCGAAACAUGAUGGUUGUUACUUUGAUAUAUUUCUUGAGCAAUACCCACAGUCUCUGGGCUCGGAUGUAAAUCUUCAUUCGAUUAUAGAGGAAUUCUUCCAUAUUAAGAUAAAGCCUAGAGAUGGACUCCCAAUAUCACUGUGUACUGAAUGUUGUUCUGCAAUAGCAUCUUUGGAAAAAUAUGCGGAACAUAUAAAGAAAGUUCAAAAAAUGUACAAAGAUUUAAAAAACACAGCAGAGUUCGCCGAUAUAAACCUCAAAGAUUUAUAUCAAAAAUACGGUUUAUUUAAAUGUGAAUCAAAUCUGCCCCAGUCAACAACAUCUGCAAUCGAACAAAUAUUUGUUCCUGUAAACCCAAAUACAGUCGUUAAAGUUGAAGAAAUGGAAAUAACGGAAUCAAAGGAUGUAAAACACGAAACUGAAAUCGAUGUGGAUUUCCACGAUCCUUUCGCAAACAAUAACCAGAAUGUGGAGGAGGGCACUCACAUAAGCGAAGAUAGUGAAAUCAGUAACGGUAAAACUGACUCUGACUCUGACGAUUUUGUACAACAAAAAUUGGAAUAUAUUAAAAAUGUCAACGAAGACAAAGAGGGAGGCAGUUAUUCUUGUAAUAUCUGCCAACUGAGUUUUAUGCAAAGUAGAAAGUAUAUGUAUCACAUGAAAAGUAAUCACGGCACAGAAACUCCUUUCUGGAAUUGCUUGCACUGUAGUAGUUCUUUCAAAUAUAAAAGGGAGCUGGAACGUCAUACAAGGAAAAUUCACGCACCGAGUGUUUAUCCGUGUCCACAUUGUCAUCGAAAAUUUAAAAGAGCCAAAGAUGCUGAAAAUCACAUUAAAGCUGAGCACGAAGGUGCAUAUACCCUAAUUUGUGAAGAAUGCGGUGAAAGUGUGCGUACAAAACAGAAACUUUUCGAACAUAUGGCCAUACACACAGGCCGUGGGGCCUAUGAAUGCGAAGUGUGCGGCAGACAUUUUUUGCAAAAACAAGCCUUAAAGAGGCAUUCAGAAAUCCAUGGAGAUACACAUAUUUGUGGAGAAUGUCUUUUAGAGUUCAAAACAUCCAAAGCACUUAAGAGGCAUAUGAAAGUGCAUUCCGAUGAAAUGCCAUACAAAUGCAAUUAUUGCGGGCGUAGAUUUAAGCGUGCAAAAAAUUUGAAGUAUCAUCUUAUUACGCAUACUGGUCUCAAACCCUAUUCGUGCGGCUUCUGUGAUAAAACAUUUUCAACUGGAUCAAGUUGCCGUUAUCACAAAAAACAUUUACAUCCAAAGGAACUGGCCGAACAAGAAGCGGCGGGCGUAAAAACGUAUACAAAAAAUAUACCCACAUUGAAUGUGUUAAGAGCGAUAACGCAAGUUGCUGGAAAAAUGGAAAAAGGUGAUGGUUGUAUAGGCGAUAAGAGAAUCAAAGUUCCAAAACUAGAUGCUGAGUUACCUGAUGGCUAAAAUGCAUAAUAAAAUUAAGUUAGAAGUAUAAGUA